AUUUAGCUGCAGAAGCAUUUCUGCUCAGGACUUUUUCCUCACCUGACAUUCCUGCUCCCUGUCUAGGUUUACUCUGCUGACGGCUUUCAACACAUCACAGGAUUGCUCAUAGGAAACAUGUUUGUUUCGGCUGUAAAUCUCAUUGCAUUGGUGUAUUUAUUUUCUCUACAUCCUGCUUUUGGACAAGUUUGUCCGAAUAGGCAGGAACUCCAAGGUACCCUGAAGCAGGUACAGAAGCUUUUGUCAGCCCAUGAAGCCUCCUGUUUGCAGAGUCUACGCAACCUGAAGAAGAAGAUUAAUUUACUGCAAACCAGUGCAGGAAAGCAGGCAGCGAAACCAGUAAACAGUACCUGCCCCAAACUGGAUGCACCCAUUAAUGGGUGGAAACUUGGCAAAUCCAACAAUGUUGGCCAUGAGGUCCACUUUCUAUGUGACCCUGGGUAUGAAAUAGUGGGAUCAGAGAGCAGGGUUUGUCAGGAAAGCCUUAUCUGGACUGGCCAGCAGCCAACAUGCCGAGACUUCAAUGAGUGCAUGUCUUCUCCAUGCCUGAAUGGAGGGACUUGUGUGGAUGAGGUAAACCAGUUUUCUUGUGUCUGUGCAAAAGGCUGGGCUGGAGAGACCUGUCAAAGCCCAGUGCCAACAUUCUUUAUCACCAUGACAAAUACUUCUGCUGGCUCCGCUUCAGCUGCUUCCACCUUACCAGCUGCCACAACUGGGCCGUUUGUUCGUCCGUCACGCUGCACUUUAGUGCAGGGGACCACCCACUGCACCUGUGAGCCGGGAUACACCAUCUCUGGCAGAGACAGCUACAGCUGCACAGACAUAGAUGAAUGUGAGCUCUUCCAUAAUGGACCUGCAGGAAAAUUGUGUUUACACAAGUGUGUUAACACUCCUGGAGGCUAUCGCUGCACCUGUCCCUCUGGGUAUAACAUUACUCGUGAUGGACGGAGCUGUAAAGAUGUCGAUGAGUGUGCCACCAGGCAGAACAAAUGCACAAAGGAUCAGAUGUGUGUUAAUACAUACGGGGGGUUCCAGUGUGUUCAGGUGGACUGCCCCAAAAUCCCUCAUGCUACAUAUGUCAAAACAUCACCCAUGCGCUGUGAACGUAACCCAUGCCCUUUGGAUAACAAAUCCUGUUCUCAGGCCCCAAACUCCUUUUCCUACCAUUACCUAGCUGUUGUGUCCAACCUGUCCGCCCCACGUGUCAUGUUCAGAGUCUCAGUCCUGAGGCAAUUAGGUGACACGCUUCGCUUCACCUUACUAGGGGGACGGCAAGCGCGCCACCACUUCACAGUUCAGCGUUCGGACCGUCAGACGGGUCAGCUGAUGCUGGUGAGCCCUGUGCAGGGCCCCGCUACCCUGGAGGCAGAGGUGGAGAUGAGUGAGCUAGAGAGACGGGUCCAGCUGGGAAGGUACAUCACCAAAAUCACCAUGUUUGUUUCCCAGUAUGAAUUUUAAAAAAGUGAAACAAAUAUAAUUAAAAGGUGAAGAGGACUCUAAAAGUUGAAAUACAAACAAGAGAGAGCUCCUAAAUUAAGCUAAACAAGAGAGAAGUAUUGUUUCUAACGUGAUUUUACAUAUCCAGCAUGCUGUGAUGAUACGGGUGGUCCAUACAAAAUGUAUGAAGAUUAUAUAACUAUUAUUAAACUGUCUUUAUAUUCUUGUUUUAUGUCUUGCAUGAUUUUACUUCAUACAGGUGCCUUAGUGUAACUAUUAAAUUUUGAGUAAAAAAA